AUGUCGACUAAAAAAGGACAAUUAAAAGACUUUCUAAAAAUAACGACACCAGUGUGGGGCCAUAGGCAGGAGUUCGACGCUGCCUCCUGGGAUACUAAGUACGAUAAAAUAGUUCAACAGUCAAUGAAGGAUGUGUUACAAACGGCCACACAUUCUUUGGAGGGAACUAUCGAGUUUUGCAAGUUUAGUGGGAAACCUUGUCUACCGACGGGUUUUAAUGGAACAUUUGAAGAUAUUGAUUUAGAGUCAACAGACCCGACUGCAGCUUUUAGUACGGUUUUCACAGAGCACGGAUUGUGCUACUCAUUCAACCAAGACGGUAACUUGACCAUGUCACGAACUGGCGCCCUUUACGGACUCAGCCUCAGGCUUCAUGUCGCUCAGGACGACUACUUCGAAACUCAGGACGUGGCUGGAUUUAAAGUGCUGCUUCACAACUCAUACGAACCCCCAAUGAUUGAAGAGUACGGGUUUGCUUUACGACCAGGCUCUGAAACUUACGUUAGAAUUAGACUCCAAAAGUAUAAAGAUACCCCUCGACCGCUGGGUUACUGUGAUCCCUUGCUGGAGCAGAAGUUCAACACUAACUAUACAAUAUCCGUGUGUGUCAUGCAGUAUCGGGCUAUCAACAUGCUGAAGAAGUGUGGCUGCAUCGCUUUCUACAUGGAUCGACCUGACAUAGAUAUAUCGGGUGAUCAACCUUAUAUAAGACCUAGGAUAUGUAACUUGAAAGAGGAACGAACAUGCGCUGAUCAAGUGUUAGAGGGUCUAGCUCUGGGCACACUCCGGAUUAACGGAGAGAAGGUUCCAGACCCGGACUGCCCUUCUCCGUGUGUUUACACUACCUACACCUACACUGUAUCUCAGUCAGAGUACCCCAGCAGCGCUGUCAAGGAUAAGGUGGUGGAGGAGGUGAACAAACAGAAGGGGAUAUCUCCCGAGGAGGCGGACGAGACUGCGUGGACUAUCGAGCGGAUCAGGGACAACUAUUUAAAAGUUCACAUAUACUUCGAAGAACUCUCUACUCUAGAAAUGGAGAGGCAUCCCUCCUACCUCAUCUCAAACUUAAUUGGUGACGUGGGAGGACAGCUGGGUUUGCUUCUUGGAAUGAACAUUUGCUCUCUCGUUCAGUUUACUGAUUAUAUUAUACGCUUCUCUUUCUUUAAGGGUGUGAUGAGCCUCGUCCGACUUUAUAAAGCUAAAAAACAAAGAGAGAAAUAAUUAUUUAAUGAACGGAUAACGUUUUUUAUUCCUAAUCUUUUUUAUAAUUAUUUGUUAAAUGUUGAUGAUAGUAAGGGUUGGGAUGACCAGGUAAAGCUCAAUAAGGUGAUAGUUUGCAAAAUAAUUGCAGAUUAGCAAAUAAAACUUCUAUUAAGUGUUAUCUGUUGAAGGGUUAAUAUUUUCUAAGCGUACAAUAACAGUAACAUGUAUGUAACAAUUGUACUGCUUAUGACCUUUUUUUAAAUUAUGCGAUGUAAAGUUUGAAUUUGAUGUAUUAAAUUCAAAUUUAACCUUAUUUGAAAUGAUCAUUAUUAUCUCGCUAUGUAUUUCUAAACGAAACAUGUAAUUGUAAGGGGCCGUCAAUAAAUUACGUCCCUCCCUCCAAGUCCAUCUCGGAAACCCUCUCCCCCUUGUUUAAACCUCUCCCCCUUGUUUGACGACGUAAUUUAUUGAUGGCAUCCUAUAAUUAGGUAACCUAGGUAACAAGCUAGAUAAACAUGGUAAUACUGCUAUAAGACUGUUACACUCCGUAUCUGUAACUCUACUCCUCACAUUAAUAUCUGUUACACUCCGUAUCUGUAACUCCUCACAUUAAUAUCUGUAACUCUACUCCUCACAUUAAUAUCUGUUACACUCCGUAUCUCUAACUCUACUCCUCAC